AUGUGGAAGCCCCCGUCUCCCACCGAGACCCCGCGGUCGCCAUCUACAGAUGAGACCGUUCUCGGGGCCACGACGAUUACGAGAACGAAGAACCCCGGCCGUCGGUUUGCGCAGGUUGUGAAGCUCAAGAAGGAAUGUGUGGAUGAGUACAAGGCUUGUCAUGCUGCCGUUUGGCCCGAGGUAGCUAAGCAGAUUAAAGAUUGUGGGAUUGAGGACUACAGCAUCUUUUACGACGACACGACUGGUAUGCUGUUUGGCUCGUUCAAGUACAUUGGGUAUGAUUAUGCUGGUGAUAUGGAGCGCAUGGCUCAGAAUCCCAAGGUCCGCGAGUGGUGGAAGAUGACGGAUGGGUUUCAGGAGAGUAUUGUUCCUGGGGCUGUGAGCUCUGAGGCUGGUGAGCCGAGUUGGUGGAAACCUUUGGAGGAGGUCUUUUAUCAGGCUUAG